AUGAUGAAGGGGACGUGCUCGUUCGGACACACACACGCUGUGCUGCGCUGCGGCUCCAAGGCCUACCACUGGCAGAAGUCCACCUGCGGCAAGUGUGGCUACCCCGCUAAGCACAAGAGAAAGUAUAACUGGAGAGCGAAGGCCAUGAGGAGGAACACCACCGGGACCAGUCGCAUGAGGCAUCUGAAAAUUGUGGAUCGCAGAUUCAGACAUGAAUUCCAUGAGGGAACAACACCUAAACCUAAGAGAGCAUCUGUUGCAGCAUCCAGUUCAUCUUAAGGAAUUCAACAACUAGUCUUGUGAAUAA